AUGUCUGCUGCCAAAGGACCCAAGACCCCCGUUGAUCCCACCGCACCUGGUCCCAUGUUGCGUUACCAAAAGAACUUGCCUCGCAUGCCAGUUCCUCCUCUUCAGGACACCCUUGCCAAGUACUUGACCACUUGCAAGCCCUUGUUGUCGGAUGCCGAGUUCAAAAAGACUGAGGCUGCUGUCAAGGAAUUCAUCUCCAGUGGUGUUGGUGCCGAGCUUCAACGUCGUCUCGAAGCUAAGGCUGCGGAUCCCGCUUGUCUCAACUGGUUGGAUGAUUGGUGGCUCGAUGCUGCUUAUCUCGGUUAUCGUGAUCCUGUUGUCGUCUAUGUCAGCUACUUUUACUUGUUCAAGGAUGAUCGUCAAAGAAAGUUGCCUGCCAAGCGUGCCGCUGCUAUUACCACUGCCGCUCUCGAAUUCAAGAAGCAGGUUGUUGAGAACACCCUCGAGCCUGAAUAUGCAAAGGGCGAGCCUCUUUGUAUGGAUCGUUACAAGUACAUGUUCAACAACUGCCGUAUUCCUUCGACUCCUGCUGAUGUCAAUGCUAUGUACGAUCCUAUCAAGAACACCCACAUCAUUGCUGUCCGCAAGAACAAGUACUAUGUGAUUGAUACCGUUCAAAAUGGUCGUCAGCUUUCCACUGGUGAACUUGAAUACCAAUUCCAACGUGUCAUUGAUGCUGCCGGUUACAGCAAGGGUUUGGGUAUCGGUGCCUUGACCGCUGAUCAACGUGACAAUUGGUACGAGAACCGUAAGCUCCUUUUGGCUGCUCACCCCAAGAACAAGGAGUUGCUUGACAAGAUUGAAACUGCCUCUUUUGUCGUUUGUCUUGAUGACUCUUCUCCUGUCACUCGUGAUGAAGGCUCUCGUGCUUGCUGGCAUGGUGAUGGUCGCAACCGUUUCUUUGACAAGCCUGUUCAAUUUAUCGUGUACGAGAAUGGCAAGGCUGGUUUCAACGGCGAGCACUCUAUGAUGGAUGGUACUGCCACUUGCCGUUUGAACGAAUUCGUUUGCGAUGUUGUCGCCAAGUUGCCUCUUGCUGUUUCUCAAGCUAACGGAAGCCUUCCAGCACCUGAGGAGCUUCAAUUCCAUGCCAAUGCUGAAAUCGAUCAAGCUGUCAAGGCUGCUGAGACUCGUUUCGAUAACUUGAUUGCCAACCACGACCUUACUGUUCUUGCUUACCAAGGUUUCGGCAAGAACCAAGUCAAGAAGUUCAAGGCUUCGCCUGAUGGUUUUGCCCAAAUGGUGAUCCAGCUUGGUUACUUCAAGAUGUUUGGUGUUUGCCGUCCCACCUAUGAAUCUGCACAAACUCGCAAGUUCCAAUUGGGUCGUACAGAGACUUCUCGUACCGUGAGCGAAGAUUCGGUUGCUUUCUGCCGCGCUAUGGAGAAUCCUAGUGCCACCAAUGAAGAAAAGAUUGCCGCUUUCCGUAAGGCUAUCAAGUCGCAAGGUGCUUACAUGGGUCAAUGUGUCAACGCUCGUGGUGUGGAUCGUCACUUGUUCGGUUUGAAGAAGAGCCUUCGUCCUAAUGAGCCUGUGCCUGCUAUCUUCAACGACCCUGCCUUCUCUUAUUCUCAACACUGGUACUUGUCCACCUCCCAGCUUUCUUCUGAAUACUUUGAUGGCUACGGUUGGGGUAUGGUUAACAAUGAUGGCUACGGCGUUGCUUACAUGAUCAAGAACAACGCUUUCCACUUUAACGUUGCCAGCGUCAAGGACCUCGAGGUUCACGGCAAAAAGUUCUACAACGGUACCCAGCAAUUCAAGCAGUGCUUGGAGGAUGCUAUCAACGAUCUUGGUGAUGUCUUGAAGACCGAGCUCAAGCCCCAAGCCAAGUUGUAA